UCGAAACCCAGACCAGGAGAAGAAUUAGGAAGGCCCUCGCGAAUUUCUCUUCUCCGGAAUCGGACCCUCCAAACGACAAUCUUAUCUCCGCCGUAUGGGGUCGCCGGAGACCAUUAAUUCCGCUCGGAAUUUGGCCGUCAUGGUCAGAGUCCAAGGCCCUGACCCAAAGGGCCUCAAAAUGCGAAGCCACGCUUUCCACCACUAUCACUCCGGGAGAACAACUCUGUCAGCUUCAGGAAUGCUGUUGCCUCGUUCCCUUUACGAUUCCGAUACUGCCAAGGAUAUAUCCGUUCCUGCUGUGCAGAUUGACAUUAUGUUUGAGAAGGGGAUGUGGUUGGAAAACGAUUCUGAAGAUUUGGGUAAGGGAGCUUCUCGUUGGCAUGCUGCAAAGUGUUUAAAACUAAUUGAUGUUCCUGCGUCUGCCCGUGCACUCCAAUCACUUGUUGAAGCUUCUUUUGGCUCCGUGGAGCAUGGAUGGGAGGUUGGUUGGUCGUUAGCCUCACUCUAUAAUGGUUCUCAGUCUCUUAAAGGUGUUACCCAGACACAGGUGCAUCUGGCAGAGUCAGGCAAUGUAAGUGAUAUGGGCAGGUCGACUACUAGAAUUGCUAUUCUGGGAGUUUCUUUAUUUCCUAAGGAUGUGCCGAAGAUCAAUAUAUCACCUUCCAAUAGACAAGGGGAUUUUAUGCUUGCCGUGGGAUCUCCUUUUGGUAUCCUUUCACCCAUGCACUUCUUUAAUAGUAUAUCAGUGGGAUCCAUUGCCAACUGCUAUCCUUCCUGUUCAUCUUCCAAAUCAUUGCUGAUGGCUGAUAUACGAUGUCUUCCUGGGUCAGAAGGUGGUCCAGUUUUUGAUGAGCAGGGACAACUUAUUGGUAUCAUGAUGAGGCCAGUAAGGCAGAAAAGUAGUGGUGCGGAAGUUCAGCUGGUGAUUCCAUGGGAAGCGGUCGUUACUGCUAGCAGUGGCUUGUUACAGAAGGAACCUCAAAUUUCAGAAAAAGUAACUUAUUACGACGGGGGAAAGUUAGAUGCAAACAGCCGUGUCCCAGAUGGACUCGUCCAACGUCUAAAUUCUUGUUGCCCCUCCCCUUUACCAGUUGACAAGGCAGUUGCUUCUGUUUGUCUUAUUACCGUUGAUGAUGGAGUAUGGGCAUCAGGUGUUUUGCUCAAUAAUCAAGGCCUCAUACUCACAAAUGCUCAUCUACUCGAACCAUGGAGAUUUCGGAAAAGAAAUGCAGAUCCUUUUAUAGGUGGUGAGCCUGGGGGACAUAAAUGGAGUUCCUCUUACACAAGCAGUAGAAAUAUACGUGUUCGCCUGGAUCACAGGGAUCCCUGGAUCUGGUGUGAUGCUAAAGUAGUAUAUGUUUGUAAAGGUCCUUUGGAUGUUGCCCUACUGCAGCUUAAGUCUGUUCCAGAUCAGCUUUGUCCAAUCAUCAUGGACUUUUCAAGGCCACCCGUUGGAUCCAAGGCUUAUGUUGUGGGCCACGGAUUAUUUGGACCAAGAUGUGGCUUCUUCCCAUCAGUUUGCUCUGGUGUGGUAGCGAAAGUUGUCGAAGCAAACCUUCCCUUCUCUUAUCGACUCAGUGAACCGGGAAAUACUGAAGGGCAUUUUCCAGUGAUGCUUGAAACAACAGCUGCUGUCCAUCCUGGUGGCAGUGGUGGUGCUGUCGUAAAUUCAAAUGGUCAUAUGAUUGGACUCGUUACAAGCAAUGCAAGGCAUGGUGGAGGAACAGUCAUUCCACAUUUGAACUUCAGCAUUCCGUGUUUGGCUCUGAUGCCCAUCUUUAAGUUCUCAAAAGACAUGCAAGAUAUUUCACUGCUAGACACUCUUGACCAACCAAACGAACACCUUUCAUCUGUUUGGGCGUUGAUGCCGCCGCUAUCUCCGAAGCCCCCUCCUUUGCCAGUCCUGCCGCAUUCACUUCUGGAAGACAACAAAAAUAAAGAAGCCAAAGGAUCCCGUUUUGCCAAAUUUAUAGCUGAAAGACAGGAUGUGCUCAAGAAGCCGACCCAAUUUGCCAACUCAGCAACGCUGCCCAAUGACACAGUCCGCAGCAAGUUAUGACCGUCGAUUUUCUUGUCCUAAAACAGACUGUUGUUUCAGUAUAACUGACAUCAAGUUCCACUGCACCAUCUCGUUCAGUGUUUGAUCUGGCUUCCAUUCACUGAUCACCACCGGAUGAAGAACCUGUGCCUUGGAUGUUGGAUGUUUGAUGGAAAUAAAAGAGAAGAAAAAGUUGUGUUCUGCUGUUAUAUUCUAUACCAGUAACACAGGGUUCAAUUUUCUUGAAAGAAAGCAUGAGGACAUGACAACUAAAAACCUUUGGUCAGAGCCAAAGAUGUGUGAAUAAUUUUUUUCCCCAUGCUAAAUAAUCGUAAGCCCUGUGUCUGCUUUACAUCUUUGUUUCACUUGGCUGUCCAUGAGAGCAUUUGUGAAAAGGUGCAAUAAAAAAACUUCCUUU